UCCAACCGGAAGUUGAAAAUAUGAUCGUCCUGUUAGGUUGCUAAGACCCGCUGCAAGCUAAUUGGCGGGUGCUGGGUUCGGGGAUUUAGUGCAUAAUGUCAUAGUCAAUAACGCCAGAAUAUGAUCGUUUUCAUAUUUGCGGUUUUGCUAGGAACAGCCUCUUUCAGUUGAGCAAAACUGUGGUUGAAGUCAUGAUUUUUUUAUGGCAACUUACAGGCAGAGAGAGCUCAGCAUCCGGCUAAUGUUAUCAGGCAGAUAUAAGUAACUCAGAUUAACAUUGAACUGGAUGGAAGGACAUAUGGAGAACAUUCAGGAAAAUCUACGGCAUGAGGAGGACUCGGGUGUCGGCGGAAUGGCAUCGCCGUCGCCCGACAAGCUUCGCAUACGCUCCACUCGACUGCCGGUCCAGAGGAGCAGCAUCUGCUCUCGGGCUUACUUCGUCGUGGUGAUGGUCUUCUUCCACGUCUACAUCCUGAAUGUGAUCGCCCUAUUGCUGUACGUGCAUUACAGUAAUGGCCACGGGGAUCUUGUCAGUGAUGACCGGCAUUCUUCUCCAUCUGUCGGCGACGCGGAAAGCCCUUCCACCCAUCCCACUGCGCCUCCCGAGAGAGAUCCCCGUAUAGCGGAUCAAAGUCAUAGAUUUAGACUUCCGCGAAUUGAGGGGAUCAGGGUGGGACAUGUUCAGCCAGUGUCUCUUGUAUCGGACAGAAUGCACAAGAUGACGACGCUCAGCCUGAAGCCUCUCUUAUUCGAGAUCCCUGGCUUCCUGUCAGAAGAGGAGUGCCGAGUGCUGGUGCAGUUGGCUCAGCUCAAGGGUUUGACGGAAAGCCAGAUGACAGCAGCCGGCAGGGGGCAAGAAGAGUCAAACCAGCCACUGCUAUCUCUUAGCACCGAGGAAGUCUUCAGUCUGUUGGAUCUCAAUCAGGACGGGUUGCUGCAGAAACAAGAGAUUGUGAGUCACUCGCGCUCUCGAGAUGGGACUUGGUUGAGCCCUGAGAACCUGCGACAGAUACUCGCUGGUCUGGAAGCCUGCUCAACAGGAAUGCUCAGCUUGGAGGAGUUUAAGGGUGUUUACGACAUAUCCCAAAACCCGGGACAGGAGCAGAGUGGGAAGCUCCGGAGUGAGUUCAAGCAGAGAAGCAAAUAUACGGUACUUCAUCAAGGGCCCGGAUCCCACCAUGUGCUGCAGGCACUGAGGAGGAGAGUAAUCAUCCUCACCCGCCUGCCGACCGCGCUGGUCGACAUGAGCGAGCUGCUGCGAGUGUUUCGGUUUGAGCUCGGAGACUUCAGCGACGCCCAUCACGACAGCAGCCCUCCCCACGUAGAGACCGCCUGCUCGCACACACGGCUGGCGGCGAUAGCCUCUGACCUUACUGAGGUCUCCUGCAGGUAUCUUACUGUGUUGAUCUACCUCAACCCCGUCGAGGAGGGCGGGGAGACUACGUUUCCUGUGGCCGACAACCGUACCUAUGAUGAACUGGCACUGGUCCAAGAUGGAGUUGAUUUAACAGACACCCGGAAGACAUGUGGUCAAGGGAACCUGAGAAUAAAACCCACUGUGGGGACAGCACUGCUCUUGUACAACCAUCUUUCUGAUGGCCAAGGUUGGAUGGGCGAGCUGGAUGAGUAUUCACUGCACGGGGACUGCCCGGUGAAACGCGGCCUGAAGUGGGUCGCCAACAGUUGGAUAAAUGUGGAUCCAGACCACCAGCGGCAGGCCCGUUACCAGAGACUAGUUGCCGACGGGCAUCGAGCGAAGUCAGGCGUGGAGGAACAUUCCCAAACGCUUUCGCACAUUAACCUCCAUCAGGAUCUCUAGCCAAGCCCUUCUUACUUACUCAUCAUGUGCACCCCUUGACAGAUGUUUAGCUCAGUCUUGUAUACAUUUAUAUGAAAAUCGUUCACUGUUGCACAAUUUGCCCAAUCAUGUAUCAUGAUGUUUUUUAAGAAAAGAUCAGCAUUACAAUAGAGCUCAACUGGGUUGAUGCAUUUAGAUUCAAUAGAUGCAAAAAAUACAUUUGAAAUUAAUCAUGCCUUAAAUUAAAUAUCACAAAGGAACAAAAUGUUUGAAAUGAAGGUAACUUGAACCUUCACUUCACCACUUCUAAAGCUAUAUCUUAGAAUGUUUCAGCAUUUUUUUUUGCCAUUUUAUGGGAUCUAAUUGUGAAUCUUAGAGUGAGCUCUAAACGAUUUUUUCCCAACUGCUUUACAAUAGUUAUAGAUGCUCUUCACUUUGUCACAUUCCAGUCAUUCAAUAAUUUAAUUUGUAUAUUUAAUGAUACUUGUAUAUUUAAUUAUUUAUUACCUUUUUGACAAGUGACAUUAUUGGAAUACAUAUUUAUUGGCGUUGCACUGAGUGUUGUUUUAUGAAAUGAAGUGUAUGAAAACGUUCAAAUGUUGUCCUCGUUUUCAUUUUCACGCGAUCCCAGUAGUUCACGCUUUGUCCACCAGAUGUCAGCUGUAGCACAUGAGCCGGUUGGCAGGAUCGUGCGUGUGAAAAAUGUGACAGACCAUUAAAAAUACU